UUUCCAGAAAUGAGGUCUUCAAAGUGCACCAAGAAGGAAGCACAUUGGCGCCAGCAGCGCGCCAAACUGUACGAGGAACUAUACGAGGGCGGUAAGAAGGACCUUAACCGAGAAGGUGUGCGCAAGACCAGACAAAACUUCACGACGGGCCGGACGCUCGAGUCCAAGCCGUACGUGUUCUCUAGCGAGAACGACGGCGUGGGACUCGUCUGUGCGCCGAUCCCCCUUGACAUGGCGGAGCGCUGCCAUUCUAUCGGCAGAGAGCUGACCGAUCUGCUUCCGCGUGAGCCCGAGACCGACAACGCCGUGGCCUGUGUGACACCACAGGGGCUCAUGCACGUCACGUUGUUCCACACGUCCCACCCGGGCGAUUUGGCCCCAAACGCGAAGGUGCGCUUCCCCCAGGACGUGGCGCAGCUCAAGACUAUGUGCACACGCAUUUCACCGUUCCGAAUGGAGCCUGUGAAGGUGCUCAUGGCCUCUUCGGGUGCCAUCAUCAUGCUGUUCCAGUGCCUGCCGGCCAACGAGAAGCUCAGCGAUGACGUUGUCAACGCGCAUACCGAAUUCUCGGUGGACUACAUCCGCAGCGUGGCCAAGGAGACCUUUACGUACGCGCCCAAGACAGACACGCGCGUGAUCAUCCACGCGACGCUGGGACGCGUACUGUCACCCGACGUCCAUGACAUCGACCUCAACCGUCUGCGCACCCGGUGCGAUGAGAUCACGUCCGAACUGGCGGUCGACCCGCAGCCGGCACUUUUCAACAAGCUUUGGUUCGUGGAGGAGACGCACAACUUGUCGCCGCAGGGCCCCAAGACGGAGAUACCGCUGGUCGGUGGCGUGCAACAAGAAACCGGGGCACAGGAGCAGUGAUGGGUAAAAAUGUACGGGAGGGCAUUGCAAAGAAGACAACACUAUGCAAUAUGUAUUGGAGUAAGCCAUCACUUAGCAGUAAAAAUUGCAAUAUUCACCGA